AUGAAUGAGUUUUGUGCUUCCUGUCCAACUUUUCUUCGUAUGGAUAAUAAUGCAGCAGCUAUUAAAGCCCUUGAGCUUUAUAAGAUUAAUGCACAACUCUGUGAUCCUCAUCCCUCCAAGAAAGGAGCAAGCUCAGCUUACCUUGAGAACUCGAAAGUNUAUUUGUCACCUAAUGUGAAAUGCGACUUGACGUAUCACAGCGUAUACUCUCGAGAUCCUAAUUAUCUGAAUUUGUUCAUUAUUGUAAUGGAGAAUAGAAAUCUCCACAGUCCUGAAUAUCUGGAAAUGGCAUUGCCAUUAUUUUGCAAAGCAAUGAGCAAGCUACCCCUUGCAGCCCAAGGAAAACUGAUCAGACUGUGGUCUAAAUACAAUGCAGACCAGAUUCGGAGAAUGAUGGAGACAUUUCAGCAACUUAUUACUUAUAAAGUCAUAAGCAAUGAAUUUAACAGUCGAAAUCUAGUGAAUGAUGAUGAUGCCAUUGUUGCUGCUUUUAAGUGCUUGAAAAUGGUUUACUAUGCAAACGUAGUAGGAGGGGAAGUGGACACAAAUCACAAUGAAGAAGAUGAUGAAGAGCCCAUCCCUGAGUCCAGUGAGCUGACAUUUCAGGGGCUGUUGGGAGAAGAAAGAAGAAACAAGAAAGGUCCUCAAAUGGACUCCCUGGAAACUGAACUUGGUGAUAAAACCCUGGAUUAUCAAAAACCACUUAUCCCUUUUGAAGAGUUUAUUAAUGAACCACUGAAUGAGGUUCUAGAAAUUAGAAAUGGAUAAAGAUUAUACUUUUUCAAAGUAGAAACAGAGAACAAAUUCUCUUUUAUGACAUGUCCCUUUAUAUUGAAUGCUGUCACAAAGAAUUUGGGAUUAUAUUAUGACAAUAGAAUUCGCAUGUACAGUGAACAAAGAAUCACUGUUCUCUACCGCUUAGUUCAAGGAUAGCAGUUGAAUCCAUAUUUGAGACUCAAAGUUAGAUGUGACCAUAUCAUAGAUGAUGCACUUGUCCGGCUAGAGAUGAUCGCUAUGGAAAAUCCUGCAGACUUGAAGAAGCAGUUGUAUGUGGAAUUUGAAGGAGAACAAGGAGUUGAUGAGGGAGGUGUUUCCAAAGAAUUUUUUCUGCUGGUUGUGGAGGAAAUCUUCAAUCCAGAUACUGGUAUGUUCACAUACGAUGAAUCUAUAAAAUCGUUUUGGUUUAAUCCAUCUUCUUUUGAAACUGAGGGUCAGUUUACUCUGAUUGGCAUAGUACUGGGUCUGGCUAUUUACAAUAAUGGUAUACUGGAUGUACAUUUUCCCAUGGUUGUCUACAGGAAUCUAAUGGGGAAAAAGAAUUUUCAUGACUUGGGAGACUCUCACCCAGUUCUAUAUCAGAGUUUAAAAGAUUUAUUGGAGUAUGAAGGGAAUGUGGAAGAUGACAUGAUGAUCACUUUCCAGAUAUCACAAACAGAUCUUUUUGGUAACCCAAUGAUGUAUGAUCUAAAGGAAAAUGGUGAUAAAAUUCCAAUUACAAAUGAAAACAGGAAGGAAUUUGUCAAUCUUUAUUCUGACCACAUUCUCAAUAAAUCAGCAGAAAAACAGUUCAAGGCUUUUCGGAGAGGUUUUCAUAUGGUGACCAAUGAAUCUCUCUUAAAGUACUUAUUCAGCCCAGAAGAAAUUGAAUUGCUUAUAUGUGGAAGCCGGAAUCUAGAUUUCCAGGCACUAGAAGAAACUACAUAAUAUCACGGUAGCUAUACCAGGCAUUCUGUUCUG